AUGGCCGCGAUAGGCACGAUCUCUAAGGCUUCAGUGGAAGUCCCUCGGUUCAUCUCCAGCGUGCGUGAGGCGCGGAAAGACAUGGAAGCCGUCCUCAGGGAACUAACUUCGUUGGCGUUAUGUUUGGGUGUGGUGCGGGAUGAUGCGGACAAAGUGACUUUCCCCACGACAUUACUCGCCGUUGUGAAGAGCUGUGAUGAGAUUUCUGGCGAGAUCAUCCGGCUGAUGGACAAGUUAAGACUCAAGAAGACAGGCAGAAUUCGGUGGAAUCUCACUGAACGGGACGAAGUCAACAAGCUUCGAUCGUCUUUGGAAAGCCAUAAAUCGUGCAUCGAUGUGGCAUUGGAUAUGGCUUCUAUUCAACUUCUAGCCGCGGUGAAGGAAGAUACGAACGAAAUCAAGGUUCAAACAACAGCCAUCAAGGCAGAUACGGAAAACAUCAAGCAAGACACACAGCAAAUCAGUGGCUUGGUCGAAGAGAUAGCACUGCUCCGGCUUCAAGUGUCGCAACUGAAACAGGAAAGUGGCAGCGCCGGUGUCACGCUUCAGAGAUUCUUGGAAGAGACCAGCUCUUAUGCGGAAUCAGUCAUUGAUGCCACAGAACUGGAUAAACUUGAUCCGAGUGGGAAAGACAAUCUUUCGGUAAUAUAUAGUGAAGACUGGAGUGAUAGCGAUAGCGACAGCGACAGUGCCGGAGAUGGAGAUGGAAGCAAGAUCGAAGACACACGCAAGGUAUCCACAAAAGAGAGGGCUCCAGAAGCGUCUGUUACUGAUCAAACAGGGAUCGAUGAGGGUUGGGGGACUGACUGGUUGGUGGCAAACGAAAUGACUGCCCAUACCUCUCAGGAUUAUGCCCAGUUCUCUCGGUAUUAUCAGACGAUGGCCGAGGAUGCCCAGCAAUCUUGCUUGUUGAAAACACAACCGAGAAGAAACAAGGCUGCGGGAGUCUAUGGGGUUGAUCAGACAUCGGCCGAUAAGCUUCCAGGGUUUGCGAAACUACCACGAAAAAACAAAUCUUCAAAAACCCCCUGGGCUAAUCAGACAAGGAUUGAGGAGGGGAAAGCCGGGAACCAAACAUCAUUCACCUACCCCAAGCCCGACGAUGACAGGGGCAAGUUUUCAAGUUCUCGAUCACCAGUCUCCGACCAUUCCACGCGCGAGCGACAGUCCACGAGUCCUCGAUUAAUUAGUUCAGAUCGUCCGGGCUCUAAUGAAAUUGCUACUCGGAUUGCCACUCGGAAUGCCAAAGCGAAGGAGGCUACUUUGAGAGCCGAGGAUGUAAAACGGAGUGAAACGUCCAAUAAAACAACACCCACUCCACAUAAGACAAGACAAGCAGUACGCGCCGCCUCGUUCGGCCCUCCACAACCUCCAAGGCCACGCCGGACGUUGUAUGGCGCCCUGCUCAAGGAUCUAACUGCCAAAUGGGGUUCGGGAGGAUUGUAA